AUGAGCGACAAGAUAAAAUCAAAGAAUGUUGUGUUUCCGGGGAGCAGCGAGACUGAUUCAAAAUCAGGAGAGCCAACGUCGGAUGAGAGCGGUUCUCCGCACACACAACAGGUUGAUUUCGUUUCCAACGAAUCACCAACGCAGGGCAACACCAGCAGCAACAACAGUAGCAGCAACAAUUUGCCUUCCGAUGCUUACCUCAAGAAACAGCUACCAUUGCAACAAGAAUGGCAACAUUUGAAAUUACAUAUUCCAGGAGAACAAGUCCAAACCAAUACUUUAAAAGAGCGGAUACCCAAGUUCCCACUUGGCAAGGAGAAUGUGCCCACCUUGUUGCCAAGGCCAGGAGUACCGCAAGUUGGCCCCAAAUACACUUUUCGUCAAGUGAUCAAGAUUCUUCAGUUGAAGAAACAACCAGAGUUGAUCUAUGAGAGUGAGCCGCAUCGAUUAUAUUUCCUAUUGUGUACGUGUGCUGCAGUAGUGUUUGGCAUAUAUGCGUGUGUCUUGUUGGAAUGGGCAUUUUGGAUAUCCAAUAAGGAAUACGAGGAGAAUGAAAAGGAAGAGACGAAUGACGCUAUAAGAAACAGAGACUACUAUUUAUCGUUGGGGAUGUAUCUUUGUCCAUCGCUAAUCAUGUUUUCAGCAGCGUAUUUCUUUGCCAAGUUCCCCACGCGAUUAGUGAGAAGGAUGUGGUAUUUGCCAGGACCAAUUGAGCAUGUCAAGUUUACUACUUAUCCUUUAAUCCCAGGUAGACCAACGCCGACAUACACCGUGCCUUUAGCCAAUUUAACGCGACGUGAAACUACGCGCGUGUGGACCGGUAAAGGCUUUUACGGAACAGCCGAUAAGGGUUUUUUCUUUUUCGUGUUGCGCGAACGCAUCUCCAAGUUUAAAACGAUCAAUUGGGUUGUUGACAGAAAGGGUUUUUUCUGGUGCGAUGGUCGAGUAUUUGAUUAUUUGUUUGGCAAGGAGACGAUACAGGAGGCCGAGGCUGGCAUACCCUAUGACCAGCAGUUUGCCCUUGUUAACAAGCAGUUGAAGGAGCAAAAAAGGAAAUUAAGAAACGAGCAUGGGUUGUUGUGGAGAUACAAGAUGGCGCUUGGGGAGUUUACUUCUGAUGUUGGCAAAUUGGGGCAGAGACUUGGAGUUACGAAGAGGAUUGGUGAUAAGAAGGCCGAGAGUGAACGGAAGCAGUUGCCAAAAAAGUGA